AGUAAUUCCCUAACAACUCGAAUUCCCAAACAAAACCCAUCAGUUUUUCACCAUGUCGAUCAUCCCCAACUUCCGACGAAGCAGCAUUUUCGACCCUUUCGCUCUUGAUCUCUGGGACCCCUUCAAGGAUUUCCAAUUCCCUUCCUCCUCAUCACUCUCUACAUUCCCUGAAUUUUCCCGGGAAAAUUCUGCUUUUCUGAACACUAGAAUAGACUGGAAGGAGACCCCAGAAGCUCAUGUGUUCAAGGCUGACAUUCCGGGGAUGAAGACGGAAGAGGUGAAGGUGGAGGUUGAAGACGACAGGGUGCUUCAGAUCAGUGGAGAGAAGGAUGACAAGAACGACAAGUGGCACAUGGUGGAGCGCAGCAGCGGCAAGUUCUUGAGGAGGUUUCAGCUUCCUGAGAAUGCCAAGGUAAAUGAGAUUAAGGCUGCAAUGGAGAAUGGGGUUCUGGGUGUUACUGUUCCCAAGACAGAGAUGAAGAAGCCUGAUGCCAAAGCCAUUGAAAUCUCUGGUUGAAAUUGAGAAUUUGAGGCCAUCUAUAUAUUCUUCAGUAUAUAAUAUAUUAAUAUAUUAAAAUUGUAAAAUCAAAUGAUCGAUAUGUUGUAGACUGGAACAACUUUUCAUUGUAAUUUGUAUUUUGUGUGUGAAAAUUGUUAUGAAUAAUUAAAUGAGCGGUUUGCUUUGGCUUCAAUGUGGACAAAUUAAAU